ACACUCUUCAAGCAACUAUUAUAUAAGACCCCAUAAUAUCUCUCACAAUUCAGCAACCCUUAGAGUUGCAAUCUCACAUCAACUCUCAUCACCCAACAACAACACACUCAUUUCUUUCAUACCAAGUAACCAAUAAGAAUCUCCACUCUCUAUAUUCUAUCGAAAAACCAAUUAGAGAAACCAAAAAUAGAAACACACAAGUUAACAUGGAUACACUAGGACAAUUCCAAACAACUCUAUUAUUAGUUCUCCCACUCACUUUGUUUCUACUACUAAAUUUAGCAUCAAAAUUUCGUAAAAGAGCACCAUAUCCACCUGGACCAAAAGGGUUACCCUUAAUAGGCAACAUGAACAUGUUGGACAAACUCACACAUAGAGGCUUAGCAAAUUUAGCAAAACAAUAUGGCGGUGUUUAUCACCUCCGCAUGGGGUUUAUCCACAUGGUGGCAAUUUCAAACGCCGAAGCAGCGCGUGAAGUGCUACAAUUACACGAUAGCAUCUUUUCAAAUCGGCCAGCGACGGUAGCCAUAAGUUACCUUACUUAUAACCGUGCUGACAUGGCGUUUGCUCACUACGGUCCAUUUUGGCGCCAGAUGCGAAAACUUUGUGUCAUGAAACUCUUUAGCCGCAAACGCGCUGAGUCAUGGCAGUCUGUCAAAGACGAAGUUGAAGUUGUUAUCACCAAUGUUAACAACAAUUUGGGAAAGUCCGUUAAUGUUGGUGAGUUGGUUUUUAAUUUGACAAAAAAUAUUAUCUAUCGCGCGGCUUUUGGGUCGUGCUCGAAAGAAGGACAAGAUGAGUUCAUUUCGAUACUUCAAGAGUUUUCGAAAUUGUUUGGUGCUUUUAAUAUUGCGGAUUUUGUUCCUUGUUUGAAGUGGGUUGAUCCUCAAGGUUUUAAUGAUAGGCUUGUUAAGGCUCGUGGUGCGUUGGAUGGUUUUAUUGAUAAGAUUUUUGAUGAACAUGUAGAGAAAAAAAGGAAUAUGAGUGGUGAUGAAGAUAGUGAUAUGGUUGAUGAAUUGUUGGCUUUUUACAGUGAUGAAGCUAAAGUAGAAAAUGAAUCGGAUGAUCUUCAUAACUCCAUCAAACUCACCAGAGAUAACAUCAAAGCCAUUAUCAUGGAUGUGAUGUUCGGAGGAACAGAAACAGUAGCAUCAGCAAUGGAAUGGGCAAUGUCGGAGCUAAUGAGAAAUCCAGAAGAACUAAAGCGUGUGCAACAAGAACUCGCCGUUGUUGUUGGCCUAGACCGGCGCGUGGAGGAAUCAGACAUCGAGAAACUCACUUAUCUAAAGUGUGCCGUCAAGGAGACGUUGCGUCUCCACCCUCCCAUCCCCCUUCUCCUCCACGAAACCGCGGAGGAUGCAACAGUUGGUGGUUAUUUUGUUCCUAAGGGCUCGCGCGUGAUGAUAAAUGUGUGGGCUAUAGGAAGAGACAAAGACUCGUGGGAAGAUCCAGAAGAGUUUAGGCCUUCGCGGUUUUUGGAUUCAAGUGCACCAGAUUUUAAAGGAAGUCAUUUUGAGUUUAUUCCAUUCGGGUCUGGUCGAAGGUCUUGUCCUGGAAUGCAAUUGGGCCUUUAUGCGUUGGAUUUAGCUUUGGCACAUUUACUUCAUUGUUUUACUUGGGAGUUGCCGAAUGGGAUGAGGGCUAGUGAGAUGGAUACGAGUGAUGUUUUUGGACUCACUGCUCCGCGAGCAAGUCGACUCAUUGCAGUUCCAGCUAAGCGUGUUGUGUGCCCUCUCUAAAUCAACAAAACUAAAUUUGGUAAAGUCCAAAAUACUUUAGUUUCAACAAGAAAUGGUGUGAAGAUCAUUUUGGGAGGGAUUUGUUAUUUUACUUUUUCUUAUUAUUAUUGAUGUUUGGGAAGAACAUGUAAAAUAAAAGGAAGAAAAAAGAAUGUGUGAGCAGAUUAAUUA